AUGGCACCCAAAUCUCUGGCAGAGCAGAUUGCUGAGCUCGACGACCCUACUCCCAAAGAUUUCGACCCCGAAGAUUUGGAACGCGGACAGGGAAGUGACGACGACGACGCUUCGGAAGCGGAUGCGAAUGCUGGAAGGGAGCACUACCAAGCUGUAGGCAAAGGAAAGCUUAGGAAACAAGAUCCGAUCAACCUUGGAAAGCAGUACGCAGGAUCGCGUGUUAGCAGAGAUGCUCUCGAGGCUGACAGCGACGACGACCCAUUCAAACCACGCUCCGACGAUGAGGAUCAGGACGAGGACGAUAGUGAGGAUGAUGAGGAGGGACUCGAAUUAGGAAGCGAUGAGGAGGACGAUGAUGAGGACGUCUCUGAGGAGGAAAGCGAGGAAGAAAAACCUAAGAAAUCGAAGGUUGUCGCGAAGAAGGGAAAGAAGCAGCAACAGCAGGAUGAGUCCGACGACAUGGAAAGCGAUGCCUCCGACGAUAUCGAAGGAGAGGACGACUCUGAAGAUGACCUCGAGGGUGAAGAAGAUGAGGACAUGAGCGGCUUGUCUGAUGAGGAUGAUGAGGAUGACGACGAGGAUGACUCUGAAGAUGAAGAAUCUGCGAAAGCCAAGCCCAGCAAGAAUGCAAAGUCAGACGACCGAGACGAGUUGCGAAGGCUCAUGGCCACCGAUCAAAAGACAAUUGCUGCCACAAUCUCCCAGGCUGCUAGGGCUGAUGCAGUGAAGGGUAAGGCAGUCAAACAACAACGUUCAACAUUUGACGCUCUGCUCAACACCCGUAUUAAGCUGCAGAAGGGCUUGACUGCCGUCAACCAGCUUUCUGUCGCAACCAAAGAUGAGGAAGAUGUCGAUGGCGAAGCUAUCAAAUCAGCGGAAUCGGCCGCUCUGGCUCUUUGGUCUACACUCGAGGGCUUGCGUCUCGCUCUGGCGGAUGCCCAGUCUACAGACGAAUCCAAGAAACGCAAGCGACCAUCCCCCGUAUCGCCAUCCACAUCCUCGGCAUCUUUGUGGAAGCGCAUGACAGACCUCGAGUCUGAGUCUGUCGCUCACCGUCGUGCCGUCCUCGACAAAUGGUCUCUCAAGGUCCGCGGUUCCAACGCUACCCUCCCCAACGCUCGCGGAAAACUCCUCGGCUCUGGCUCUAGCAGCCAGCAAACUAUCACCGCUGUCCUUGAUGCGCAAGUCGCAACCGAGACCAGCGAGCGGGCAGCGAAACGGGCACGCAGCGCAUCUUCUGACGGCCAGGAGCCAAUCUACGAUGACACCGUCUUUUACCAGUCGCUGCUGCGCGAGCUGGUCGAGCAACGCAUGUCUUCUUCCGAUGCCAUCACCAACGGUCUCGACACCAUGAAUCUCCAACUGCCUUCUCGUCUCUCCGUGCACCCCGUCACCGGCAUGCGCAACGACAAGGUCAAGAGAAACAUCGACACUCGUGCCUCCAAGGGCCGCAAGAUGCGAUUCGAUGUUCACGAGAAGCUGCAGAACUUCAUGGCCCCCGAGGAUCGAGGAUCAUGGACCAGCCGUGCCCGCGAAGAAUUUUUUGCGUCGCUGCUGGGCAAGACUGCGAGUGGUAUGCUGGGAGAAGGCAACGAUGACGAUGAUGCCAGUGGUGUGGAGAGUGAUGAUGACCGUGAAGAGGGUGGACUGAGACUUUUCCGGAGCUGA